UGAUGUGAAGUGAUUCUUGUGUGUAUUUAUUAUUAAUAUAUCUGUGUGGAUCUUGUCUACAAGCGAAAGUAAAAUUUUCUUUUUAGAAUUGUUAAAGUUUACAUAAUGGGCUCAUCGAAAAAACACAAGGAAAAGCGGGACCGAAAGAAGCAUAAAAGGGAUCGUUCUCGCUCUCGCGAAAGAGAUCGAGAUUCCCACAAAAAGAGUCAUAAGUCAAGCCAUCGUCGGGAUAAACGAAAAAGCCCCGAACCUGGAAGCCCUGAGAGUGAUAUGCAGUUAACAAAAAGACGUCGCAUUUCAGAUGAUGAAGAAAUCUUGUCAGGAAAUCGUGAAAAUAGUUCUAACAAAACACAGCCUGGUACUAUUUUGGAUGAAGAAUUUGAUGUUGAUCAGUUACUAGAUUCCAAACUUUCCGAGAACUCCGAGUUCUCUUCUUUGAAGCGUUCUUCCAAAAAGCAUAAAGACGAUUUGAAGAAACGACAAAGCAUUGGAGAAAAUGAAGAUUCUCUCGAAAAGUUUGCUACAGAACAAUUGCUGGAAGAACACGGGAUUCGGGACGUUGUAAAGAGAAAUCAGUCGCCUCCUGCUGAAACUUCACAAAUACCUUAUAUCACUGAUGUUAAAAUAAAAGAGGAGCCUGUAGAUGAAGACAGAGCUGAAGGUCACACUGAACCACAGUUAUCACUGAGCAUUGCUGAAACUAACAAACUGCGAGCAAAAUUAGGAUUAAAGCCACUAGAUGUUGGUAAAGAGAAGCCAGUAAGAAAAGCUGAAGAUUCUAAGAGCUUUAUGGAAACUAAUAGACUUCGAGAAAAAUUGGGUUCAAAAGUUUCAGGAGAGGACAUUGGAGCAAGUGGAUCUCAAUCCCAAAGUAUAUCUGAUUCUGGCAAACGAUCCAGAUCAGAUUCAAGACCUAAGGAUCUUGGAAAUGAAAGUCCAGAACGCAGUGAACCACAGUUGUCUUUGAGUAUAGAAGAAACAAACAAACUUCGAGCGAAACUUGGUUUAAAACCAUUAGAUGUUAAAAGCCAAAUUCCUGGUGAUGAGACUGAAGACCAAGAACCUUCAAAGCCUGCUGAAGUUUUUGUUAAAACUGAAAAUCUGAGUGAAAAAAAGAAAGCAGAAGAUCUUCGUGAAAAACUAAGAGUAAUAAAGGAAAAGAGAGCCAUUGAAGAAAAGCUCAGAAAAACUAAAGGAAUUGCUGAUUCAGAUUCAGAAGAUGAAUCUUCCGCAGCCUGGGUGUUAAAACAUCAAAGAUUAAUGCAAGAGAAACUAGAAGCAGAGAAAAGGGCUAAAUUACUUGAAGAAAUGGAUGAAGAAUUUGGAGUUGGAGCUUUAGUCGAAGAAGAAUUUGAUAAGAAGAAGUCUUAUACAUCUGAUCAACUGAAGGGGCUCACUGUAGCUCAUGAUGUGGAUUCAUUUAAAGAAGGCCAUCAAGUUAUAUUGACAUUGAAAGAUAAAGGUGUUCUUGAAGAAGAAGAUGAUGUUCUGGAAAAUGUAAAUAUUGUAGAUAGUGAACGCUAUGCUAAAAAUAUUGAAAAUAAAAAGAAGAAACCUGAUUAUAUGCCUUAUGAAGAACCAGAAUAUGAUGAAUUUGGCAUUUUGAAGAAAAAGAAUUUGUUAUCCAAAUAUGAUGAAGAAAUAGAAGGAGAAAAGAAAAAGACAUUCAAACUUGGUGAAGUUAGCAGUACACGUUAUGUAAGCAGAGAACAAGAGCUUGAAUUAAUUAGAAUGAAAUUGAAGCAGCAAAAUGAGAUGUCUCUUGAGAUGCCAGAAAUGAAGCCUGCUAAUGAAUACUACACAACUGAAGAUAUGGUGCAGUUCAAAAAGCCCAAGAAGAAGAAGAAACUGAAAAAAGUGUCUGUCCUAAAAGCCGACGACUUGCUUGCAGGAGAUACAGUUGAUGACAGAGAUUUAGGAUCUAGAAGACGUGGUAGAAUAAGAGAUAUAGAUAUGGAUGAUGGUGAACAGGACACAAAGAUUGGAAUCCCUUUGAUUGGGGAAGACAUUGAUACAAAAUUAGACCUUUCCAAUGUGAAAAUAGAAGAAGACCAAGAGAAAGAAUUGAACAGUGCUCUCAAUAAAGCUAAAAAGCUGAAAGAACGUAAAGUAAUGGCUUCAGCACCAGAAAAGGUUAUUGAAAUAUUAAACAGUGUAAAUGGUAGCAAUUUGGAUUCCCCAAAAGCUUCCAAGAAUGUAGUGAAUAUUGAACUGAAUUCAGUUGCUGAAUUUUGUCGCACUUUGGGAGAAAUACCCACUUAUGGAAUGUCUGGAAAUCGAGAAGAAGAAGCUGAUGAUAUGAUGGAUUUCGAUAGGGAGCUUGACGAUCGUCAAAAGCAAGAAGAAACUCAAAACCAAGGAGCGUGGAAUGAAGUUGAUGUGGAAGAAAAACCUGCUGAAAUAUCAAUGAGAGAAAACGAACCUAUUUUAGAAGAAGAACCAGAUAUUAGUACUGGUGUUAUGGGAGCAUUGAAGCUGGCAACUAAAAAAGGUUAUUUGGAUAAAGAAGACAAAAAAAUGCUCAGUGCUCCAAGAACAAGUAAUCUCCAGGCACAAUCCUAUACUAUAGAAGAAAAAUUUUAUGAGGAUGACAAAUUUGGAAAACGAGACCGAUAUACUGGUCCAGUACAGGAAUUUCGAGAAAAAUCAAAUUACAAGCCAGAUGUGAAAUUAGAAUACAUUGAUGAUAAUGGUCGCCUCCUGACAGCUAAAGAGGCUUUCCGCUACCUUUCACAUAAAUUUCAUGGGAAAGGUCCUGGCAAAAAUAAAGUUGAUAAGAGGAUGAAGAAAUUGGAGCAGGAUACUAGACUAAAGCAGAUGAGUUCAACAGAUACACCACUCAAUACUGUGAAAUUAUUACAACAAAAACAGAAAGAGACUCAGUCUCCAUACAUAGUUUUGAGCGGAGGAAAUAAGACAUUGACACAGACAAUGAUUUCAAAGAGCAAACCUGUGUAAUCUGUGCAGAUUUGUAACAGUCAUUAUAGUUUUGUAAACAAUUUUUUUUGUCUCCAUCUGUAUUAAUAAAAUAUAUAUCAUCUUUUA